AUGGUACUUCCUCUGCAAGCAUCCUCACCUACUGAGCUGGACAGCCAGUAUUCUUUUUUUAAUAUAAUUUCAGGUCAUGAUUUCAAAGAAGUUCAGGCUGAAGUGGCCAAAAUUUUAAAUGGGAAAAUACUUGUUGGUCAUGGGAUUGAUAACGACUUGAGAGUUUUGUUUCUGGAUCAUCCACGCUCAAGAAUAAGAGAUACUGCAAGGUAUAAGCCAUUCAAGAAAAUGUUUAAAGGACACACUCCAAAACUGAAAAUGCUGGCUAAGAAAAUUUUGGGAGUUGAAAUACAGACGGGAGAGCAUGAUUCUGUACAAGAUGCCCAGGCGGUGAUGCGAAUUUACACCAUACAUAAAAAGGAAUGGGAUAAGAUGAAGAAAAAAGUUUAUCAGAAACCAAGCAAGAAACAGAAAACUCAUCACAGUGGAUAAGUCUUCCAAAAUUAAGUCUCGUACACAAUUUUUAUGAGGUUCUUAGAGAUAUAAUUCAAGUUUCCAGGAUUGUAAACUAAUUUAUCAGAAUAAAACCAGUUACUUCA